UUGCAUUUAGCUCUCCACUGCCUAUGAAAUGGGUAUUAGUACAUGGACUGGUAGAUGGUGCACAUGUGACCUCAGCUCUGAUUUCUUUUGGAUUAUCAUGUAUUACAUUUCUUUACCUGACUGAGGCUUUCACCAAGAGAGACAUUUGCUUUUGGUUUUGUUUUGGUCGCACCUAUUUUCUCUUUGAGUAAGAAUUCAGUGCUAAAGCUAUUUUUAGCACUAAACACUUUGGAUGACUGAAUGUAUCUUCUGCUUCUUCUUAUCACAGCUGAAAGGAUGCAUAACUUACAGGAAGGGAGAAAACAGCUGCUAAAAGAAAUCUGUGAAAAUGACAAAGAGGCCAUUUCUAAGGGGAAACGCAGUCUUGAAGACUUGAGUGACAGUGAGCUGGAGAACCUCGUUGUGGAUGACAAGCACGGCAUCAUCUACUGUUACAUUCCCAAGGUUGCAUGUACCAACUGGAAGAGGGUGAUGUAUGUACUGAAACACGGGGAGCCAUAUCAGGACCCUAGUUCCAUAUAUGAUCAGUACGUUCAUGGCUUUGGCAACUUACGUCUUUUAAGCAACCACACAAGAAUAGAGAGGAAGGCAAAGCUGAAGCACUACACCAAAUUCCUGUUUGUACGGGACCCGUUCGUCCGUCUCAUCUCCGCCUUCCGAGACAAAUUCGAAGAUUCGAAGAACGACUACUACUAUAACCCCCUCAGCCAACACAUCCAGCGUCUCUACGACCACCCGCCUUAUCCACCACGCAUUACAUUUUACAACUUUAUUCAAUAUCUUCUGGACCCACAGACUGAGCAGAAUCUGCCCUUUGAUCCUCACUGGAGGCAGAUGCAUCGUCUGUGCCACCCCUGCCUCAUUCAGUAUGAUUUCAUUGGCCAUCAGGAGACUCUACAGGAGGAUGCUGAACAGCUACUGAACACCUUAAAGCUGCAGAACGACAUUAAGUUCCCUCCUUCCUAUGUCAACAUUACAACUCCUGAGUAUUUGUCAGGCUGGUUCAGAAAAGUGCCUCUAGUGGAAAGGAUGAAGCUGUACAAGCUCUAUGAAACUGACUUUAAGCUGUUUGGCUACAGAAAGCCAGAUGAAUUGCUUGAUGGUUGUAUGAAGCAACAACAAUUCACAGACAUAGCAUUAAAGUCAUGAAGUUAUUCUGAGAAGUAAUGGCCUAUUUCAAUGGCAAGAUUAAAAAAAAUCAACAGAAGAAUGAGGAAGCGAAUUGCAUUCACUUGAAAAAAACACUUAACAUUAUCAAAUCCAAAUACCGUUCAAGAAUGACAUUCUUUUACAUUUACAUUCCUGUUUGAGAACGACACUGAGUCGUUCAGUUCAACCUUUGAGGAUGUCGCAUCUUUGAUGGUUAAAAAUAAUGUAGGCCUAUAUGCAAAUUCAUGUUUGUCCAGAAUAGGCAUUGUAUUUUUGCCAAAUUGUGUUUGAUUUUGUAUUGUUACAAAAGCAACCUUGUGCAAUAAAAAUGUAAAUUAA